CCUCUUGGAUAUCUGGUUCAAGAAACCUCCAAUCCCCAUAACUCUCAUCGACCUCCUCUACAUCACCAAUCGUUUUUACUCAAAAUCACAAACCCAACAAGUUUUCUUCACACACACACAAACACACUCUCUCUUGAAUUAUAGGCAACCGGCGCAUCGAUACCAAUUGGUUAAAAUUAUAUCUGGGUUAAGGCCAUGGCCCAUGGAAGGUUUUAAAUGUAGAACAAGCAAUGUGUCAGGUAACAUGUGGUGGGGAGUGCUGUCCUCUUGAUUCAUACAUCAAGCUUUGGAAUAAGGAUGUCAAGGCGAAAAGGCUUUCAUGAGACAGGAGCUGCAAAAUACGUGUAACGAGAUCUCAGCUUCUCCCUAUGUAUGCGACUCUUUGGACGAGGACGUUUGUCCCCCUGCCUAUUCUGAAUGUGAUAAAUAUCUAGUCCUGGAGCCCAAAGGAAAAAUUCUCGAACCCAUAAGAGAGACUGAACCCGAGGAAGGAAAGUAAAAGAGAAACAAGAUUACAGAAGGGCCGGGAAAAUGGAAGAUCUACUAGGAGCUGAAAGCCUGGAGCAUUCCAUGAACCUCACUCCAAAAGGAGGCUCCAAAGAGGUAGAUGAUCGUGAAGAGGAAGCUGAGAAGAAAGAAAAUGGAGCUAAAGGAGGAGAAGAAAGGACAAGUGGAUUUAUAAACCAUCUUCUCUCUAACUUGGUGUCUGGAGGGGAAGGUCAAGAAGAAAAAACCGGGGAAAAAGAUGAUGAAGAGAAGAGAGGCAUCGUGAGUGAGGAGGGUGUUGAUCAUGAUGAUAAGGGAGGUGGGUUUAUAAGCCAUCUUAUCUCCAACUUGGUCUCUUCCCAUAGUCCGAAAGCAGGGAAAGAUAGUAAACAAAAGGUGGAAGAAGGUGACAAUAGGGGCUCUAAAGCAGAGGAAGAUGCAGGUAGUGAUAGUAAAGGUGUACGGGUCCAGAAAGGGAAGUCAAAAGAGGAGAGUGGUGGUGGAGGUAUCAUCGAAAAGAUAGUCUCCCACUUGCCUGCUCCACUUCAAGAUGAUGCGGCUACCCCGCCAGACGAGGCCUCCAUACUAAUUCACUCCAUCAUUCAUGACUGAGAAGCACACACCAGGCAUUGAUUUUUAGGAUUGCUCAUUUAGAAAAGCUAGAUUGCCAUUCGAUGUAUUUCAUCUUUCAUUUUCUUUUGUUUGUAUAAUACUUUUUUUCCCUCUCAUUUGUUAAGAUAGUCUUUUGGAGUUGUGAAAGAACUUUUCCCUAAUCUUUUGUUGCCAUUGGCGCUUCAAUCUUUUAAUUUGCUGUUAUUGGAAAAGCAGUUUGGCCUUCACACACUCUCUUAUGGUGAUUAUUUUAAGCACUGGUCUCAAUCGUUGUAAUGCAUGUUAGAUGGGAUUACCUGAAAAUUAAUCAGGUAUUAAAGAUCUGAGAAUCUCGUACCUACUGCACGUGUAGUGGCGGGGUGUUCUUUUUCCUAAUCUAGCUGCACAUAUUAGAAUAAAAACAAAUAUUUUAAACUGAUAUCAGUUAUGGGAGAUCUUUCCUGUAACAGAAAGUCAGCAGGCAAGGAGGAGUUCAUAAUGUAAUGUUUCAGAACAAGGAGUUGGAGGGCGCUCUCUGUGCAAUGUGAUGCGCACAUUGGGUUGUUAUAGAGUAGGAUGGGGUUGUGCUUGCUACGGAUCUGAUCAGAGUUAUCUCCUAGCCUAUGAAAGAACUUUGAUUUCGAACCUGAAAGUUCUUUUAGGAUUCUAUAUCGGAUAUCAUUGUCCAGGGAUGUUUUUUUUUUUUUUAUUAUUUGUCCAAAGAG